UUAAUUAAUUAGUGGCUCCGAAGGUCCCCCAGGACUCGGGUAGCAGUAACCGUAGAAGUGCGGUCAAUUACGGCCGGUUUUCUUUAGUGCUCAUGGAUCGCACCUGUCGCUUCAGCUAUACCUCAUGAGUGCCUUGGGCUAUGGCACGGCUGGCCAGGCUACCAUACCAGGCUGCGAGGGGCUUCGUGCGCUCCGUUGUAGUUCAGAAGAUUCUAGACCAUUCAUUUCUCUCCCUCAGAUAGCUCUGCCUGCAGUGACAUUUAGAGGCUGGGUGGGAGCAAGCGCCGGGAAGCUCAGCAUGGCUGAGAUUAACUGCUGGACCUUCAAAAUACAAAGAGAAGUAUUUUGAAAUGCCUGGUAUUCAGCUGUGGAUUUUGGAGCAUGAUGAAAAAUGGGAAAUACAUCUGACUACUGCAGAGAGGGCUUGGAGAUGAUCCCUCGAAAACACUAGGAUGCCUGGCUGCUUUAAAAAGACAUUAUUUGCUUUGGCUUCUCUAGUAAGUUUUGUGUCUUUUCUCUUGAUUGUUGUUGCAAUGGGGACCCCAAAGUGGAUGACCGGAAAGAUCCUUUGCAAAACAGGGGCUGAUUUGGUCAAUGCCACAGAUCCAGAGCUGAUCAAGUUCAUUGGAGAAAUUUACUACGGACUCUUUCGGGGCGGCAAAAUACGCCAAUGUGGCUUGGGCGGGCGGCGUUCCAAAUUCACAAUUUUCCCCCACAUGGUGAAAAAGUUGAAUACGGGUCUGCAUGUGAUGAUCAUAAUAUUCCUCUGUGUGGCCAUUUUCUUUUCUCUGGUCAGUUUUGGAUUCUGCAUUCUUAACACAAUAAAAGUUCCUUACCGGGCUAUUAACGGUCCAGCAGGAGCAUGCCUUUGGAACUUCCUUGCAGGUGGAUUUGUAGUACUUGCAGUCACCAGCUUCAUGGCUGCUGUGAAACUUCAUCACCUCACAGAAAGAAUUGCCAAUUUUCAGGAAAAUAUCUUUCGGUUUGUUAUCUUAGAAGAACGCUUUGAAGACUGUUUUUGGAUUUGUGUGGCAAGUGCCACAUCACAUGCAGUGAAUUUGCUGCUAAUAGCCAUUAGUGGGAUUCAUUUCCCUAAAAUUAAGACUAAAACAGAAGAAGUGAAUGUUACAGCAGAAGAUAUCAUGUACUAACAAAUCUACACAAAACAAUUUUGGUCAAGUUAACUGUUGUGUCAGGAAGAGUUUCUUGGCUCUUCAGCCUUUGUUUUGGAUAGAUGAUUUACUUAUGUCAGUCUACAAUACCAGCAACUAACAUGUCUGGGAAAAAAAUAAUAUAUACUCCUAUAAAUGUCAUUAUUCUCAAAACAGACUGAUAUCUGCAGUGAAUAUAUGCUGUUCCUCUGUUUUCAGAAAAUUUUCACUUUGGGGUAUUUUAGAAAACUAAGGUCAAAUAUUUCAUCAAACAAAAUGUCUUCUUUGUUUAGAAAGACAACUUGUUUAUCACAAAUCUUUGAAACUAUAAGGUUAUUUCAAAACAGAAUGUGUAUUUGGCAUUUAUUUUCACAGAAUUAUCUAGAGCAUAUUGAGAGGGACAUAUAUGUUUAAUGAUGUUAUACAGCAUUGAAAACUUCAUCAUCUGUGAAGCUGAAGUUAAGGAGCAGCAAAGGCUAAGUGUGUGUGUAUGAAAUGUUUUUAAAACAGAAAUUACCCAAUACCACAAGGCAAAGAGGUGAGAAAUGUAAAGUAUAUGGGAUGCUAUUUGUCUAGGAAGAAAAAAUUAUUAGCUGCUAAAUGAAUGUUUCAUUGCAGCUUCUGGAAGUAAACAGAUUAAUGGUAAUAGUGGUUUUAGAUAACCUGGAAAACAUUAAUCUGACAGAUUAAUUUUCUUCAUAACUGUGUUAAUUAACAGUUAGCUCUAUGUGAAAUCAAGUAAUAGUGAGGUAUUGUGAAACAGUAUUGAAAUUAAUAGAACUGCCUAAAUUGAUGGAAAAAUUACUUUCUUAGGAAGUACCAUAUUUUUGACAUGGAUUUAACCAACUCUUGGGUCCCAAACAGCAAAUAUUUUUGAGAAAAGAAUAUGGAAUAUAUCAUUUAGAAUGGAUACAGUGGCCUAUACCAUCUCUGGGUUUGGCUCUACAAGGUUAGCAGGAUUAUGAGUGAAGCAGAAAUUUGUGAGGUCCUCCUGCAAUAGGUCCUACUAACCUGUGUUCUUCCAAACACCAUGAGCCACUUUUUUUUUGGUUGUUUUUUUUCCCCCCAGGAGCGCUAAAAUUAUUUUUAAAGAUUUAAAAGAUAGAUUAAAAAUUAUGAUGAGUCUAGAGAAGUGUUAGAACUGUCUAGAGAACAAUUUUAGCAUAAAGGAGACUCAAUAAAGCAGAAAAAGUUCCUAUUUUAUACCACCCUCUUACUUCAUUUUCUUCUAAAUUCACUGGUGCUUUCACUCAGACUGAACCCUGGGACACAACUCCAGAAAGAUGAUACAAUAGCCAGUACAUGGAUAGGCAGCAAACAAACCCAGUCUACGAAGGUGUCUUAGAUGGUAACAACUUAGUAGUGCCCUGAAAACUGCCCACAGGGUCCCCUGUGGUACCACCACCUUCCUCUCCCAGAAAAUUCUGAGUGGCUUUGAGAUAGAAAAACUUGAAGUGCAACAUAAUUACACAAGUAGAAAAUGUAAUACUUGCCAUUUGUAAUUGUUCUAUGAACAUGUAUAAUUUAGAUGUAGUUACUGUACAGAAAGAAUUAUAUUGUGGCAUGUAACUUAGCUUUUACUAAAUAUAAUUCUCUUCAGGAGGUAAGAAGGAAGCAGAUUCUUAAAUCCUCCAUAUUGAGUGAUGGCUUUGAAAAUGCUUUUCAGUAGUAUUAAUAUGCAUGCACUGCAACAUAUUUUCAUUCUGAUAAUGAGCUGCUUGAUGGCCCCCAAAUUUCCACCUCCUUCAAAAAUAUUGAAUAAGAAUCAUGGGACUAUUUAGGUAAGGACAAGAUUAAAGAUUUGUUGGAGUGGAUUCCUAGGUAGGUCACAGUAGCUCUGAAAGAACCUGUAGGAUGCACUGUAUACAUGAAGUUAAAGGGGGAUAAUUGGGCUGAUUAGCAUUGUAAUUUCUUGGUUCGGAUCAAUUCAACAAUGGAGCAUACUCUGCAGUAAAGGUCCAAGAGAAGAUUUCUCUUACAGCAGACCUAUGAAGCAUCAUUGUGAAAUACUGCAGCUGCACAAAUUGAAUGACCAAAUAACAUUAUCACCCAAUGACUGUAUUGUGACCUGUGAGAAAACAGUAUUUUCAGUUUAGAGUGAACAGAAGUAUUGCCAUGGAUUGACUAAACUUAAUGAAACAGAUGUAAGGCUAUAUUAAACUUCCAGCUGCACAUAUUGUCUGAGUUUAAGCACUGCUAAGAUACACUGAUAGGUCAAUGCAUGGAAUAUUUCCCCUGGAAAAUUUUGUCUGGAGAAAAAAAGGUUAAAUGCAGUCAUACAUAUUUGAAAAGUACAAUUACAAAGCCCUGGGGUUAACAAUAGGUAAGUUUACCACUUGCACCUUUUCAGCUUUCCCUUGUACCUCAUAAAUUAGUUUCAAAAAUGUGCAACUUGAUAUAUGUGAUCUACUUUAUUUACACAAUUUUAUUAUGUUUCACAUAGCAUAUCUGACCAUAUGCAUGCUCAACAUGUGGAAAUGAUACUUCUCUGGGGGCACUUCUUACCUUGGAAGAUUUGAAAUCCCAGAUGAGAACAUUUAUGACUAAUAUCUGCCCAGAACUUUGAAGACGUUAUGGGUCCAAUCCUGUCUUUCCUUAAAAUUAAAGACAACUUCAUAUAUCCCAAAAAUACCACUUAAUUUGUACGUGCAGAAUAAAAUAUAUAAGCAGUAUGAAUGUAGAGAAGCUAUGGAGUUUAAAGAACUAAAAAACUGUUCAUUGUAUCCAAGAGCCUUGCCAAAAUAAAUGAAGCUAAAAAUUAA